CUUGUAUCUUUAUUUGAACGUCAAAUCUAUCAGCGAGUUAAUACUUUUUAAUGAGUGUUGAAACGGAAAUGCUUGUUACUUAAAACUUUUAAAUUUUCUAUCCAGUUUCUGGACCAAAUUGACUUUGAGGAUAAACGAGACUCUACUAAAUUAAUCAAAAAAAAAACAUUGCUUAAACAAAGAACUCGACUUUGAACGUGUAAACAGGUCUUUCGAAACGAGUAUAUAAUUGGAAUAGUAAACAUUUCUAUCCCGAUACAUCUUCCUCCGAACAUCUUUCCGAACAUUUAUCCUUUUAUGAAGAGGACCAGAUGAGUUCAGACUUAUGUGACGAGGGUAAAUCCCUUACACCUUCUCCGCAUUCGUCGAAUUAUCAUUUUUCAACAGAUGAUAGGGAUAAUUCAAUUCCUUAUGCCGAUGGAAGAGGCUCUGUUACUACUGAUGAAGAAUUGGAAAAUAACAGAAUUAACGAAUAUUCACAAAGUCAAAUUGAAAAUGACGAAAGUAAAGAGAGAGAAGUAGAGAUUUUUAUUGAUAGUAGGAUGAGCAAUAAGCGAAUGGAAAAGAAAAAACAGAAUGGAAAAGAGGAGGUGGAGGUGGAAGAGAAGAAUGGAUAUGAAGAUGCAAAGGACAAAGAAAGAGAUAAGGAAGAUAAGAAUGAAUGCAACAAAGAUAAGCCAUCUCCUGAAUAUAAAUCCCGGUGUCAAAUAAUCAUUCCUGUUCAAAGGACUGUUGUUAUGAAUUCUCCAAAUUUAUAUAGGAGAUUGGAAGAUUAUCCUGACCUUUUGGGGAAGAAAAUGACAGAAAACUCUGAUAUUCCGCCCGACAAUUACGAGUAUUUAUUAAAAAGGAUUAUUAAAAAAAAGAAACCAUCACUUCCCGUUUGGUUGACUGAGAACAUUUCAGAUGUCGAAAGGGAUGACACUAUAGAAAAAAGAACAGAUGAUAAACGUUCUUCAUCCGAAAAUGAGAUGUUUGUUGAUGAUGACGAAGUCGUUGAAAGGUCAAGAAAACCUCCCGAAAAAGAGAAAAUAGUAGUGGAAGUCGAAAAAGCCCUAAACAACGUUCUAAGAGAUGAUAAUAAACCAGAAAGAGUAGAUCGUUUCGAAGAAGAAUUUAUCGAAAAUGGAAAAAAAGUCCACAGAGUCGUUGAGGUUCAUAGAGAAGAGGAUAAACCGGGAGCGGAAGAAGUUGAAGUUGAAAGGUUUUCUUUCGAUGAAAUUAGGUCACGUUUCGAAUCAACAAGAGUUCAUCAUCCGGUUCCCAUACCAUUUUUUCGAACAUCCCCCCACAUGCCGCGCAGAACGCCACCUAGUAUUAAACCAGAAAGAAGAUUCGCCAUCGUGUCCAAACCUUUACCUCAAAUGAAAAGUUCCAAUUCGAGCUACUAUAGCCAUUUAGGCUUCGAUAUAAAGCCUAGGUGUGAAAAAUUUGUAGAAUUUAAGAAAACGAUUAACCUAGAUGAUGGAAAGGAUGGUAACGAAGUUCUUUCUGACGGUAUCUUUGAUAAUUAUCCGAUAAGAAAAGAAUCGACUCCUAAAUGUUAUAAUUAUGGUGCGAAAGCUAACUCUAUUGAUUGGACUACCACCUCACUUCCUAGGCCUACUGAACGAAUUGUACCACCGCCAAAACCUGCUAGGAAGGCCCAUGUUAUACCUUACCAAAAGACCAAUCACGGCCAAGCUAGGAGCUCAAGAAAUCAAUACCCGUCAACCGAGAACCACAUCGAAACGAUGAGAAUAAAAAGAUCGAAGUUGAUUGGCUACAGGCCUGUGUUCAAUGGCGUUGAUAAGAUAAGUGAUAAAGAGCGUAAACGUCGCAAAUGGCCUAAGAAAAUGCUGUCGGAUAUGCCUAGCAGUGGAUUGGAUUUUAAUAGAGCGGCGGAUAGCGACAGUGCUUAUCAAAGUGAUUGCAGAUUGGAAAAAGAACAAUUGGAUAUAAAAUAUAGAGAGGAUCGCCUUUCCAUACCUGAAAUACGAUUACAGUUAUACGGCGCUGGCAAAGCUGAAUCAAAGAGAAUAUCUACGUUGAAUACUGAAUUAAAGAAAUCGUGGCAGGACACAAAUUCUGAUGUGUCGAAGAUCUUUCGAAGGGUGGAUGAAGCAUUUGAGAAGAACGAUUUCGAUAGGGAAGGAAAACAUCGUAGAAAGGAUCCACUAACCGAAUUGGAGAAUGUCUAUGCAGACGCUUUGAAAAGGGAUGACGAUACCGAAUGGUUUAUGUACGAAAAAUGGAGACCUCAGGUUAAGAGGUUAUCAAUUGAGAACGUAAAGAAGUUGGAGGAAAUCUCCAGAAGAUAUGACUCUGGCGGUGAUUAUUCAAGAUUAUGGUUAUCGAGAUAUAAGAAAGAUCCAAAGUAUACUUAUGAAAGAUUUGAGGAUGACGGAUGUCAACAUAGACUUGAAGACGAUAUGGCCAGGAGGAGAAUGUCGUCGUCAAAUGAUAGGAAAAAAUCGUUAACCUCGGAAAGUUCACGAGACUCUUCGUCAAUGAGAAAUAGGCUAAGGUCAAGAUCGUUAUCUAACGCCGUUGCAGUAAUGGUUAAUAAGUUUGAAUGUGAAGAUGAGAACCACGAGGAGGAGCUACGAAAUGGAACUGUGUUUAGUAGUUGUUACGACAAUGACAGUGGUGAGAAACGCUACUUGGAUUCGUCAAGUUUCGAUGAAAUAGAUUCUGUUAGAAGACGCCAUAAUAAUCGAGUGAAAACUUUGUCAACUGAAUCAUCUAGUCAGGAUGAAUCGCGAUCUUGGUCACUUUCCGAAGGAGAACGGGGUAGGCCAAGAAGACCAAAAAAAGAAAGUUCCGGUAUUCUUUUGGGAACAAUACCUGCCGAGUCGUCAAGUCACGACGAACUCGAAAGGAUAAUGACCGUUCCUCAUAAACCUUGGUAUCCUCCUAAAACUGAACAGCCUGUAGCAAAUAAAAAUUGGACUGACAUACUAAUAAAACAAGAAGAAGAUGCGAUGACAGAAGCCUCGCUCGGCGAUUUAGUUAAACGUCAGCCAGUAUCACCAAUUUCGGAUUUAACAGUUGAAGCCGAACAGAAUGAUGAGCAAUUCUUAAAAAGAAAAAGCGCUUUUAAAUUAGUUAGCCCUAAAAAAGAAAAUUCAUUGCAAGAACUUGUAAAAUCUUUCGAAAAAACAGCGCCACCUUUCUUAAAGUUGCCAAACGAGAAUAAAAAUGGGCUAAAUAACGAAAGAAGAAGAAGUAGCUGCGUUUCUUAAACAUAUAGAGAUUUACAGCUUGGUAUUUGCUUGGCUUAUUUUCCCGAUAUUCUCUUUUACUUUCUUUUCAUUCUUUCUGUUCCUGUGUCCCUCCUUUCAUCAUCAUUGUCAUCGUCAAGCUAUUAUUUAGCUCUCUCUAUCUCUCUGUCCGCCCGCUUUUCUACCAUCUAUCAUAUUCAUUAGAUCCGUUUAGCAACAUUAUAUAUAUUUUCUUUCAACCUUGAAUGAACAGUAUUUUUAUUUUAUUCUCUUUUUGUUUAUUUUGUCAGCCUAUGAAUUUGUUUUUUUUUGCACAUAUAAUAAAUGAUGUAUAAAUGUAUUAUAUACAUUGAAUACAAAAGAUAAAACUAUACAUACAAUAUUAU